AUGGGAAAGCGAGCAGAAGGAAGAAGAAAUGUACUAGCGAGAUCUGAUGAACCUGAAAUCGCGUCCGAUGAUUCCCAUUAUUGCAUCUUGUGCUAGCAACAAAACCAUAUCACACGUCGUUGCUCGAGCUCAUCCCUCUGCUCCGCUCCUCCAUCCCCUUCCUCCGACCGCCGGCCGUCCGCUCCAGAUACUCGUGUGUCACAACCACACUACCUCUUCCUCUGACCGCUCCGCCGUGCUUCCCCCAUCCGGGAGGCCUCAACCAUUCUCCGAAGUGCUACUGGCCUGGGCACAACGCAGCCAAGCUUUCAGCGGUGGGAUAUACCCGCAUCAACUGCUUAUCCUAAAUGUAGUGCUGCUUUCAAAGUUAACUGAUAUGUGUCAGCCUUAAGGUAAAAGUAGUACUGCAAAAGUGCUCCCUUUUGGAGUCAGCUGGCCCAUUGAUCAUUGUCAGAGUUCGUUGCAACUUCGUCAAGCUGAAUCUUGAGUCCAGUCAGAGUCUACGCCUAUCCCACGCGUCAUCGUGCAUAAGAACACGAAAAGUCCGAGUCAAGAGUUCCGUCUACUACAAGAUAAUUGAAGUAAUGGUUGUGCGUUGAAGAAUUAUUAAGCACAGCACAGCAAUAUGGGGACAACAUCAAUCUUGGUGUCGUUCUUGCUGCUAGUGCUCGCAGCAGCAAUGGCUUCCAGUGCUACUACUCAUGAUGCCUGCCCAGCCAGCUGCGGCAACAUAUCCAUCGAAUAUCCGUUCGGCAUCGGCCCUGGCUGCUUCCGAAAUGGCUUCGAGAUCAUCUGCAACAGCAGCACGGGCACGCCUUCUCUCGCCGGCACCACGCAGCUCGUCCCGGUCAGCCUCCUCAACAUCAAGACGGCGGAGGCCCGCGUGAAGCUCCCCGUCGCGUGGGAGUGCUUCGACUCCUCCAACAAAAUGUACGCCUCCAGCGACGGCGACGUGCACUUCAACCGCGACGACGUGUACCGCAUCUCCAACGCCCACAACCAGCUCGUCGUCAUCGGCUGCAACACCCUGGGCUACACCCAGAGCCAGCAGAGCGAGGGCAACGGCUACUACUCUUACGCCUACUACACCGGCUGCAUGUCCUUCUGCAACAACUCCGGCAGCGCGGCCGACGGCGCCUGCGCCGGCGUCGGGUGCUGCCGCGUCGAUAUCCCCCCGGACGUCACCAACAACAACAUGGCCUUCACGGAGUACAACCACACGGCGGUACUGGGCUUCGCACCCUGCGACUACGCCUUCCUGGUGGACAGGGACAUCUACACCUUCCACACAGCUGACCUGAACAUGAACGUCAACACCACGAUGCCGGUGCGGCUGGACUGGGCCAUCCGUGAUGGCCUGACGUGCGACGAGGCGAAGAAGAAGGCGCGGAGCUAUGCGUGUGUGAGCACCAACAGUGAGUGCCGUGACUCCUCCAAUGGGCCUGGGUACGUCUGCGACUGCAGCAAGGGCUACCAAGGCAAUCCCUACAUCGCCGACGGCUGUACUGAUAUCAACGAGUGUGAGGAUAAGGAGUAUCCAUGCCGAGGCAUUUGUGAGAACGCACCGGGUUACUAUGAAUGCAAAUGUCCUAGUGGUUACCACAGUGCCGAUCCACUGAAUAUUCCCUGCAACCCUAAUUUUCCACUUGCAGCAAAAAUUGUCACAGGUGGAAUCAGUGGACUUUUCAUCAUAGCAAUUGUGGUGUUCAUCUUUCUUCUUGGCAAAGAGAAACGGAAGAUGAAAGAAUUCUUUAGAAAGAAUGGGGGCCCUAUAAUUGAAAAGGUUAAUAAAAUUAAGCUAUUCAAAAGGGAGGAGCUAGAGCCAAUACUAAAAACAAGUAAUCGUAUUGGACAAGGUGGCUUCGGUGAGGUUUACAUGGGUUAUCUUAGAGAUGAAAUUCGACCGGUAGCAGUCAAGAAGCCUAAGAUUGAUGUUAAAUUGGCAAACCAAUUUGCAAAUGAAGUUAUCAUUCAAUCUCGAGUCUUGCAUAAGAAUAUUGUCAACCUCAUAGGUUGUUGCCUAGAGGUUGAUGUCCCAAUUUUGGUCUAUGAGUAUGUGUCCAAUGGUAGCCUUGAUAAAAUUCUGCAUGACAGCCACAGGAUGCCUCUUGACUUGGAUCUACGCCUACAGAUUGCUGCACAAUCAGCGAAGGGCCUAGCUUAUAUGCAUUCAGAAAUCACAACUCCAAUUCUCCAUGGUGAUGUUAAACCAGCCAAUAUACUUUUGGAUGAGGAUUUUGUACCAAAGAUCUCUGACUUUGGUACAUCUAGGAUGAUUACCAUUGAGGAAAAUUACACAAGCACUAUCAUUGGUAACUGGGGCUACAUGGAUCCAGAAUAUGUGCAAACAGGCCUAUAUACGAGUAAAAGUGAUGUCUACAGUUUUGGAGUUGUGCUCUUAGAACUCAUUACAAGGAAGAAGGUCUUAGAUCCUGACAUCAACAACUUACUCGGGAAUUCCCUUGACACCUACACAAAGAAGAAGGGAGUGAUCGAGCUUGUUGACCCAGAAGUUUCAGCAAAAGGAAGCAUUGGGAUUUUUCAUAGUUUGGCAGAAAUUAUUGUGCAAUGUCUGAAUCUUGAUGUUGAUCUAAGGCCAGAGAUGGCAGAUGUAGCAGAGCGUCUUCAAUCCCUAUUGAAGUGAUGUCAUGGUAGAUGAAAUAAAACAUUAUUUGUUGGUGAGUUGAUGCAUUUUA